AUCCAAUUAUAACUCUCACUACCCACAACACAAACAAAGAAGUGCGAAGCUUGAGUGUGUGAGAACUAUAUGGAGGUAUAUGCGAAGAAGCUUGCCUUUGUGGCACUGGUCGUGGCAUUAGCUCUAGUGUCAGCUGAGCCCAUGGUGGCCAACGGUGAGACCAUUUGCCACAUGACAGAUGAUGGUUUGAAGUCCUGCAGGCCAUCAGUUUCAGGCCAAAAUCCUACUGCGCCAUCAGAUUCAUGUUGCUCGGCUCUUUCCAAGGCUGACUUCCAAUGCCUUUGCUUUUACAAGAAUAAUUACCCCUGGCUGUUGUCCGCAAACAAGAUCGAUCCUGACCUGGCCAUGCAGCUUCCUGCCAAAUGCAACCUUGUUGGCCAGUCUUUCCAUUGCUAAAAAUCUGCAUCUUCCUUUAACACAACGUGUACUUCAUCCUUUAUUGGGGUUUUAUUUGUCGUUUUUGUUCUUUCAAUUCCCACUUUAAUUGGUAUCUUGUUUUGGAUUUGGUUUGGCUUCUUUGUUUCUAGUAGUUUGUUUUAAUUUUCGUUGUGUUCUGAUCUCUGAAGACUAAAAAUAAUAUCUGUGUUGUUGUGAAAUUGUAUUAAA